CGAGCGCGACUAGGGCAAGCGGACCAAGUUGAACUGCGCGGUGACUGGGAAAAAAGUGUCGAGAAACGAGUCACUUAGUGUUUGUAAGUGGACGGAGCUGAUCCACCAAAUCCUGGGACUUGCAUGGCAUCGGCGCCGUAAUAAGCAGCGAGUGAGUGGCGGGUGGGGGCAGGGAGGGAGGGACGCGUGAACGGCAUGCAGCCGGCGCCUUCUGGGUCUUUCCUCCAUUCUUCCUCGCUCCAGUCCCACAGCCACAUACACACACAGCAGCCAUGGCGACCAAGAGCGUGCGAUGGUCUACCGUCACAGUCUACGAGUUCGGCGUGGGUAUCGGCGGCAGUGCUGUUCCUCAACGUGGUGGUCCAGCAGUAGGGCUGGCCAGGACUCCACAAUGUGUCUGGAGCACGUCGGUGGACGCAGUGCAGCAUCAGCUGGAGAAGACGCAAGCGGAGUAUAGGCCUGCAACCACUCGACGACAUCGACGCAGACGCGUGCGCUGGCUCAAGCCGCUGGAGCGCGUCACGAUGCUGGAGAAGGCGGGCUACAGCGAGGAACGGAUCUUCCGCAUGCUCAUGGAGUCGUCCAGCAUCGCUCAGUCGCGGAGGCUCUGUCUGCGUAUCGAGUGCGCGGCUUAAGUUGCAGUUUUGCGCGUGCCAACGACAGCCCGAGGCAGCAAGACGCAGUGCUGGAGUAAACGACUCUAGGAUGACGAAGACCGAGACGAUAGAGCUCUGUAGCAGACAGUAUGAACACCUUAACUUAUAAUAAUGCAGUAAUUCAACCUUACACAAGUCUUGUGGCACGU